AUGGAGGAACCUGAGUCUCGCUCAGCAAUGUUAGUAUCAUUCGAUCAAUGUCCUGAAUCCAAUGCUCCAUCCAUAUCCGUUGGCAUCAUCCACGGCCUAAACAAGGACCCGAUUUUUCGAAAGAACUACGGUCUACGGAAAUUUGGGAAUAGGCUUUAUGCCGACUCGGAUACCUCUUACAUUAUCGGCGGCUGCUCGAAAAUGAUUACCUGUGCUGCGAUUGCGUGGGACGACCGAAUUCGCAAACAUCUCCCUACCUUUGACCCCCUGGGGAACCCAGAGAUUGUGGAGAAAUCAACCGUUAUCGACCUAUGUCGGCACUCAACCGGCCUUGCACACCCCAGGCAAGUCUUCAUGGGGCCUGGCGGCACAAUCGUCUGUCUGAUGGAACAUGGUCUCGGAUCGAGACCGGCACGGCACGUCAAGAUCACGUAUGGGAAUGAGCAGCUCAGUCAACGAUAUGCUUGCGUUCAUGGCAGCUGUCAUGAAUCAAUACGAUCAGGAAUGUGCGGCGCCGGAACCGCAGCCUCUUAUGAGAGCCAGAUCAAACAACCCAUUGCAGCAAAUUGGAGCCCUGUGGAACCACUGGUGGACGCUUCCAGUGCUUUGCCAAACGGCUUUGUGGCGACCGCUUACGUUUUCCUAGAGGCUCACACAGCUAUUGUUGCUUUAAGCAAUGCUGCCAUUGCCGGAGAUGCGGCUGAAACAGCAUCUCGGAUCAUGCUGCAGUCCCUUUUCAAGUUCAAGCCACGAAUCAGUACGCUUCAGCCACGGCGAGAUGCUCGAGACCGCUGUCUCAACGCCUACGGAAGGAUGGUGGCUGAGUGGCGGCUUCACCGUGAUGUAGCGCGAUUCACUGACUUCAUUGGGUCAUACAUCGGCCUAAAUACAAUUCGCAUCAGCAUCUUAGCCAUUGAGAGCGACGGCGAUAACGAUUUCGUCCAGCUCGCUGUGAUAUUUGGCGAUAGUCCUGCCUCGAAAUGUGCCCUGGAGCCCUACAAUGCUGAUGUGUUGAGUUUCCUACCUCUCAGCACGGAUGCUUUGCUUUGCAGGGGGAUGCUUGCUUGGACCAAUUACAAAAUGCUAAUUUUCGAAUUUGUCAGAUAUGAGGAGGACAGGGAAGUAGCUGGUUUUUGGUGGCAAUGGGUCCGCAACAGAUCCAGGAGGUCCUUGACAAAUUUGGUCAGUUCCGUCUGGAAGGAGGAAAGAGUACUGACGUGA